UCCUGUCUUUGAAUAAGCAAUUGCAGGGAAAUGAGAGACCGACACUGCUGUGGACGUCAGGAUUAAUUGGUGACAGACUCCGAAAGAUAUUUGUUCAGUACCUUACAUUACGAAAGUUUUUCACAAUUGACUAUUACCAACCAUCAAAAAGCUACCAAUGGACAUCAUUAAUAUUAAACCAUUGAAGACACAAAUCAACAUGCGCACCGUGGGCAGUUUUGCACUGACGGUGCUGAUGUUGCUCGCGACUUUCUUCGACACCAGCGUCGCUUGUCCGCGCCCCUGCGCGUGUUACGUUCCCACUGAGGUGCACUGCACCUUUCGCUCCCUCGGCGCCGUGCCCGCUGCUAUCCCGAAAUCAAUUCUGCGCGUUAAUCUUGGGUUUAACAUCAUCACUCGGAUUACACAGCACUCCUUUGCCGGUUUAAGGAAACUGGAGCUUUUGAUGAUGCAUGGGAAUGAUAUCCAUAAAAUUCCCAAUGGAAUCUUUCAAGACCUGCUGUCCUUGCAGGUGCUGAAAAUGAGCUACAAUAAGGUGAGAGUGAUUACUGGUCAUACCUUACUUGGCCUUAAGAGCUUGGUGAGACUACACCUGGACCACAAUCGGAUAGAGUUCAUCCACCCAGAUGCCUUCAGUGGGAUGACAUCACUUCGCCUGGUGCAGCUGGAUGGGAAUCACCUGCAGAAACUCCACCCUGCCACCUUCAGCACGUUCUCUCUGCUUCAGCACUUCCCAGUCUCCACUCUCAAACAUCUCUAUCUGUCGGACAAUCUCCUGACGUCCCUGCCCGGGGAUAUGCUGAGGACCAUGCCUCGACUGGAGAAUCUCUUCUUGCAUGGUAAUCCCUGGACAUGUGACUGCAGGCUGGACUGGGUCCCAGACUGGAGCACUCAGCAUCCAGGGGUGAUGAAAUGUAAGAAGGACAAAGCAUAUGCCAAAGGUCAGCUAUGUCCAAUUUGUUCCUCGCCACAGCAGCUACAAGGGAAAGAAUUCUCUCAACUGAAGCAGCCCCAGUGCCUGGGACCAGUAAUCAGCUCUCCAGGGAGGGAUGUGCCAGCAGAAGAGAACCUCAGUGAGCUGCUAUCACUAGAGGAGUUCAAACUGCCUUUUGGAAAUGUCACACUGAAACUUUCUGAUGAGCAUGGCAACAAAGUUGAUUUGAUCUGCCAAAUCCUAAAACCAAGAGAGUCUAAAAAAAUCACCUGGAAUUACACUAAGUCUUUGCAAAUUAUAGCUAACAUGACUUUGUAUUUUGACCUUGAAUGUCCAAUGAAGCAAGGAAACUAUGACAGUUUAUGGAGACUUCUUGCCUACUAUAGUGAGAUACCUGUGCACCUCCAGAGGGAGCUAAUGCUAAGCAAAGAGCCUGAACUGAGCUAUAGAUACCAGCAGGACAUUGAGAGAGAUGCAUACUAUUAUACUGGAGUUCGAGCUAAUGUUUUAUCCCAUCCAUCAUGGCUCAUGCAGUCAUUUCUGAGUAUGCAGCUGAAUAGGCGCUAUUCCACAUCCAAGUCUGUAAAGCUCAUUCUCACAACCCAAAUGUCAUCUACCACAGACAGUGUGAAGGCAAAACAACAGAGGAGAUCAUGGGUUAUCAUUGAACACAACAACAUGACCCAGACUACAUUUAGCUCUGUUGUGGGUGGUAUGAUUGAGAUGGACUGCAGUGCGCAAAGUUCUGGAGAGCCAUCAAUUUUGUGGAUGCUGCCUGAUGGCUCUAAGGUUAAAGCUCCUUUCAGCAGCCCAAGCAGUCGUCUGUCUUUGUCUGCUACUGGGAAACUUCUCAUCAAAGCUGUUGAGCAUUCAGACUCUGGUGUAUAUUACUGCGUCACUGAGAUCCAAGGAAAUGUGGAUCUACUAGCUUUCCGUUUAUCUGUUGUAGAGUCCUCCACUCCUCCCAUAGGUGAUGAGGUUGGAAUUGCCGUAUCCAAAUUUGUAGGUGAGUCUAUCUCGCUGCCUUGCCAUUCAACUGCAUCACCAGAUGCAGUAGUAGACUGGAUAUUUCCAGAUGGCAGUGUGAUAAAUGCCAAAGCAAACUCAUCUAAAGGAUUCGUCUUCUCUAAUGGCACACUAUUCAUUGUUCGUGGUAAACCUAAUGACAGUGGAUAUUACAAAUGUGUGGCUUUGAAUCAACAUGGUGUGGAUUUUCUGGCUACAAAGCUCAAUAUCAUGAGAAGGCAAGAAAUAGAGACUCUCAGACACUAUCGCAUGAAACCCCAGUCUGCAGCAGGGUUGUCUACAAAGGUCAAAACAUUUUUGGACGACACUGAGGAGUCCUCGGGUGAUGAGGCUGCCCAAGUAAGAGUGCCAUCAAAAAGGCCUUUUAUUAACCAAAGGAGGGGGCCACAGUCAAGGCCACAUUCAUUCAGGAACUCUCAGCGAAGGUUUCCAGACCUUAGAAGGCCUAUAAGGAAAGGCCUAUUCAUAGGACAGCAAAGGAACAAUGAACUUCAGAACAGAAGAAAUAGUAAGACAUCAAAAAACAAAAUAGACCCUCAGAGAUGGGCUUACAUUUUGGCAAAAAUUCGUGAAAAAAAUGCCCAAAAAACCACACCACCUAACUUUUUCCAAAGAGUUCAGACUGUAAAGCCUAACAUAAAUAGUCAAGGAUCCUCUGACAACACAGAAGGAUCUUCUGAUGACAGAAGUUUAACAAAGGAAGAAUAUCACAGAAAUCUAGAUCAAAGAACGUACAACACACAUACAGUUACACAUGCUGAAGGCCUGCUUAACUCAUAUCAAAUAGCUACAGCCAAUUUAAGUACUGAAUUUGACAGAGUAACACUGAGACCAGACACUGCAAAGCUCACAUCUGCAUCCAAUUAUGUCAUUGAGAUGAAUGCCCUGGAAGGAAACCAUGUCAACAUUUUAACUAGCAGCUCUUCAGACAAAGAUCAAAGACAUCAACAAAUUGAAAAUAUCCCAAUAUCUACAGGGCCUGCUGCUGUGCCAGAUUCAGAAGUAACAGCUAAACACAGCUUGUCAUUGGAUUCUGGAUUACACUCACACUCCGCGGAUGUCGAUGAAACAUAUGUGUUGGGUAAAUCUGCGUUUUCAUCAGUAUUGCUUUUUACCACUUCAACACCACCAGCCAAAGGUGCGCCGUCCUAUUUUACCAAGCCAAUGGCUCCAUCAAGCAUGGUGCCCCCAAAUUCAAGAAUCUCUGGGAACACCAGAAAGCGAUUUAGAAGUAGGCAGCGAAUAAACAGAAUAAGGUUAAGACCAUCCUCAGCCCUGCAAACUAGCAGCCCACGGUUUACAAUAUCCAAGGUUGCUGGAGCUCAUCUGCCAUCAGUCAUUACAACAACUUCCUCAUCACCUGCCCAAACCAUGGGCAUCGGUUCUCCUGCUAGAGAUGUUACUACCCCUGAACACCAGAAACCCUUUACAUAUAGAAUUAGAAAUAAUGAAAUACAUGUUUCUGUCCUUGAUCAGAGAAUCAAUCUUCUUGCCAACAAAAUGAAGGGGAGUGAAUAUUCCACCAACCAGAAAAUUCAACCCACUGCAGAACUCUCAGAAUACAGUUCAAUUAACAUUAUCCCAACAGCAGUGUCUCUUACAAGCAGUGUCUCUUACAAGAGAGAAAAUGAAGAUGCACCCAUUGAAGGCUGGAGAAAUGAAAACACAGCUCUUAAACAUAUUGCUUUUCCACAAGUUGCUCCUACAUCUGAGCCAGACCACAAAGCCAUUACUCUGGUCACUAGCCAGGACAAGUUUGUAAACAUACUUUCAGCAGUGAAACCAUCUCAAAAGGCCAUUGGUAAAGCUAAAUCAAAUGACACCAGCUCCACAUCGAGCCCUGGUGUGCCUCUGCCAGAUAGUCCUUACAUACUUGAAUCACACCCAGACAAAAGCCUCAGUGAAACCUAUGACUCAAAAAUACUCAGUUCUGCUGAAGGUGUUGCAUCUGAAGUCAAUAGUGUGGUUCCUCCAGUCAGUCCAUUGCCUUCUUCUGCAAUAUUUCCAUAUGAAGACAUUAAGUCACACAACUCACACCAGGGCACUAACAUUAAGGAAGACCCACUAUAUCCUUAUCUAUUUAUUCGUACAAGAUACGCAACAGUAAAACACAGCUCAAGUUCAAAUCACCACAAACUCACCACAAACUCACCGCAACCUCACCACAAAUGCACCACAAACUCACCUCCACACACUCAGUAUGAAAAAAAUGCUAUCACUUCCAUCAUUGCAAAUCUGGAUUUAGAGGUUGCUAAAGGGGAAGUCCUGCUGUCUGAACUUGGGAAUACAGCCAGACCCACUGGCAUCGCGCCAACACCGAGUGAUUGUUCCCCUGCAGCCAUUCCGCCAGCCAUUAGAGUCAGGACUGCAGUCACAACACAACCUAUUUCAACCACAACUGUAACAACUGCAGUGCCUACUUAUAUUACUACUGUCCUCCCUACCAUUACCAACACAGAUGCAAAGAGAACAUCAGAACCCAGCAAGCCAAUUACAGAUAAUAGGAUUCCACUUUACUCAAGACAUCCUUUGACAAACUACAUUCCUGUUAGAAAUAAUGGAAGUAUCUCUAAUUAUAGGUAUCAUUAUCACCUCAGCCAUAUAAAUCAUAGUACACCAUCAACUAACAAUUUAUCAGUGGGUUUCAGAACAGUCAGUCCCAUCAAAUCAACUAUCUUGUCAUCUAAAUCCACUACUGAAUCAUCAACUACAAUUUCCUCCCCUCCCACAACCUUUCAGACACAUACCAACAGACACAUACAUUUGAUGGUCUCACAUGCACGGCCCCCACCUGUUCCUGUGCUGAAGUCAAGGCCAAGAAUCACCACUGUUAAUCCUAGCACAAUCAUGGUGGAUGCUGGAACAGAUGUGCGGUUUCCAUGUGAGUCUGUGGGAGAUCCCAAACCUUUUCUCACCUGGACCAAAGUCUCUACAGGAGCUGUUAUGUCAGUGAAUACCAGAAUCCAGCGGUUUGAGGUACAGCCCAAUGGAACCUUUGUGAUACGUAGCGCUCAGCUCCAGGAUCGCGGCCGCUACCUCUGCACCGUUCAGAAUCCGUAUGCUGUCGAUAAGAUGAUGGUCACCCUGAUGGUUCUGGCCCAGAAGCCCAGGAUGUUGUUGCCAAAGCAACGUGAUGUGACAGCAUACCUAGAAGGCAGUGUUAAUCUUGAGUGUCGUGCACGGGGCCUUCCCAGCCCUUACAUCAGCUGGAUGCUUCCAAGCCGGACUGUGGUGCACAUGGUUAGCACUGGUGAGCAGAGGAUCAUGCUCUUAGGCAAUGGCACACUACAUAUAAAGCAGACUAGUUAUCCAGACAGGGGAGACUAUAAGUGCAUUGCCAGCAAUGUGGCAGGUGCAGACUCUGCAGUGGUUCGGCUACAUGUUGCCGCUCUUCCACCAGUGAUCCAGCAGAAGAAGGAGGAGAACUACACCAUCUCCGAAGGUCAGACUGUCCACAUCCACUGCAGUGCGAAAGGAGCCCCCACUCCUUCAAUCCGAUGGGUCACCGCCAGUGGCAUGCAAAUACGCCCUUCCCAGUUCAUUAACAGCAACCUAUUUGUUUUCCCCAAUGGGACACUCUACAUUCGCAGUUCAGUAGAAAAGGACUCUGGGACCUACGAGUGUGUGGCCCUAAAUGGUGUGGGUGCUAUUAAGAGGAGCGUAAGUCUACUGGUGAAGAGGAAUUCUACUACAGCCAAAAUAACUUCCACCUCUCCCCAGAGAAUGGAUAUCAGCUAUGGUGGCAAUCUGAGUCUGGACUGCAGAGCUUCAGGCAUCCCUGAGCCCAGGAUCAUCUGGAGAACUCCUAUGAAGAAAUUAAUUGAUGCACAUUACAGCUUUGAUCCCAGAAUGAAGGUUUUUGACAAUGGAACUCUAACUAUUAAAUCAGUAACAGAUCAGGACCAGGGAGGCUACCUCUGUGUGGCCAGAAAUAAAAUGGGGGAUGAUUAUGUUCUCCUGAAAGUAAACGUCAUGAUGAAAGCAGCCAAGAUUGAGGGGAAGCAGUUAAGCGACCACAAGGUGCAGUAUGGAGGUGAUCUUAAGGUGGACUGUGUUGCCUCAGGUCUUCCAAACCCUGAGAUUCGUUGGAGCCUUCCAGAUGGAAGCAUGGUCAACAGUGUCAUGCAUUCAUAUAACAGUGGUGUACGACGAAGAAGGUACGUUGUCUUUGACAAUGGAACUCUCUACUUUAAUGAUGUGGGUUUGAAGGAGGAGGGAAACUACACAUGUUUUGCUGAAAACCAGAUGGGUAAAGAUGAGAUGAAAAUCCAAAUUAAAGUAUUAGCAGCAGCACCAACUAUUCGUAACAACACAUAUGAAGAGGUUAGAGUAGCCCAUGGUGAAACCGUAUCACUUACCUGUAGUGCAAAAGGAGAGCCUUCCCCAUCCAUAUCAUGGCUUUCCCCAACUAAUCGCAUUGUACUGCCAGCAUCAGACAAGUACCAACUCACUACUGAUGGAACUUUGCUUAUUCAGAAGGUUCAAAAAUUUGACAGUGGGAACUACACUUGUACAGCCAGAAAUAGAGCAGGAAUGGACAGAAAGGUGGUUCACAUAGAAGUUUUGGUUUCAGCCCCCAUUAUUAAUGGACUACAAAGCCCGAUCAGUAUGACAAAACAGACUGCCAAGAAGGACCAACGGGUUCUUCUUCACUGCAAUGCUGAAGGAACACCAGUUCCACAAGUCAUGUGGGUACUGCCUGAUAAUGUUGUACUGCCAGCUCCAUACUAUGGUAGCAGGAUUACUGUGCACCGUAACGGUACCCUGGACAUACGCACUUGGCGCAAGAGUGACUCUGCUCAACUGCUCUGCAUCGCUCAGAGUGCAGCUGGAGAGGCCCAGCUUCAGGUGCAGCUCAACAUAGUGGAGCAACUGGAGAAACCACAGCUGAAAAGCUUGGCUACCGAAUCCGUCCAGAUUGCGGAUGGUGUGUCAGUGACCCUUAACUGUUCUGUGGAGGGAAAACCUGCUCCUGAGAUAACCUGGCUCCUGCCCAAUGGCACAACCCUUCAGAGUGGGACUAGCAUUUUACGUUUCCAUCAUAAACUUGAUGGAUCUUUGGUCAUUAGAGAGCCUACAGCCUCAGAGGUAGGAAUAUAUCGGUGCAUGGGACGCAACAGUGCUGGUUAUGUAGAAAGGACAGUCACACUGGAGUAUGGCAAAGAGCCCCACAUCAGUAACAAGUACAACACAUUAAUCAGCAUCAUCAAUGGGGAAAACCUGCAGCUGAACUGUCAAUCGAGUGGUAACCCAUCACCCAACCUGACCUGGAUUCUACCAAGUGGAGUUGUUCUGACCAGACCACAAAGAAUGGGACAGUAUGCCAUUUUUGACAAUGGCACGCUGAGUGUUCAGCAAGCCUCUGUCUAUGACCGAGGAACAUACCGCUGUGAGUCUGCCAACAAAUAUGGAUUCUCCUCUCUGUCAGUUGCAGUUAUUGUAAUUGCAUACCCACCACGCAUUACCAGUGGACCAGCAGGGGUAACUUAUGCCAGACCAGGCGUGGCCAUCCAGUUGAACUGCAUGGCCAUUGCUAUCCCUAAAGCUGAGGUGACGUGGGAGAUGCCUGAUAAAACCCAACUCAAGGCUGGGUCUCAGCCUCGUCUCUAUGGUAACAGGUACCUCCACCCGCAAGGCUUUCUAAUUAUUCAAAACCCAUCCAGCAGGGACAGUGGUUUUUAUAAGUGCACUGCCAGAAACCUAGUUGGUAGUGAUACCAAAUCAACAUAUGUACAUGUGUUUUGAUUGAAAAUAAUGAGGUAAGUACAUGCCCAAAGAACUGCCAUAGUCAGAAUACUGUUCAUAAAAAAGAUUUAUUUUAUAGAUACAGAAUUUGUUGAUGUAUUAUUUUCUACUGGUAUUCUUGUAAAUAAUGUAUUAAAGCUAAUUAUGCUGAACAUCUAGCAACUUUGGAAAGAAAUGGCCUACUCUAACCACUGAAACAUCUCAGCCCACCACAAAUAGAUAACAAGGCAGAUGUAUAAGAUAUAGGAUUUGUAGAGACAUGUACCCUAGGCACAAUAAGUGAUAUUGUGUUCCAACAUUAAACCCAAAUCCUUUAAUUUAAGGGUGGCACAAGUUUGGUACAUUCUAUAUAUGGUUUUUGACCUAUAUAAAAUGUCAAAAUGCCACAUGCAAACGCAUU